AUGACUAAUAAUUUUCAGGAUACCAUGGGCUGGAACUGCCCCGGCGACGACCAAACAUGCCAUUGUGGAAAGUUUGACAUGGUCCUCAAGUGCGCCAAUGAUCUGCCUAAUGAACUUGAUGGUCAUUCUUGGCUCGCUAUGCCUGGAGGAUGUCUUUCAAGGAGACAACUGGGCGGGCAAAUUCGGGGAGCAGCCAUCGCGGCGUAUUCGCUGGCCACCAUCUUCGUCGUUGCCAAUAACAAGUGGCCGCUUUGGGCGUCCAACUUUAUUGGGGCUCUGAAACUUUUGACCCUAGUAUUGAUCAGUAUUACCGGUCUCGUCGUUUUGAGCGGCAACGUCAAUUCUGUUCUGAACCCAACUGCCAACUUUCACAACGUUUUUGAAGACAUCACUCCCAAAGGAAACGAUCUUGGCAGUGCCACAGUGAGUAUCGUGUUCUCAUCUGCAGUUUACUCCAACGCCUUCAACGUCGUCAAUGAGAUCAAAAACCCGAUUCCCACCCUUAAUAAGAACACGAGCAUGGCAUUGCUAGUUGUCAUUAUUUUCUACAUCUUCUACAGCAUCGCCUACUUCGCCGUUGUUCCCAAGGGCGAGUUCAAGGAAGCUAGUGAGAUUUCUGUAUCCAUCUUCUUUACUAAACUCUUCGAUGAAGGCAGGACUGGUUCUAAUGUCCCAAUUUCAUGGUCUUGUUGA